AUGCUAUUACUAGUGCCCUUCCUUUUUUGUGCCUACUUCCUGCUCUACGCCUUUGCUUUCCAUAUCCCUCCAUGGUCACAUCGUUCGAGCCUUGACCAGCAGCCCCUUCAUACGCUCCCCCCUCAAGAGACAUGUGAGGCUCCUACAAAAAUCCCGCUUGACGUUUGGCUAGACAAAGAGAAGGGGAUAGCAUUCGACCGCCUGCUAGCGAACAUUGCCCCAGGAGGCCGCAACACCGCGAAUGCAGCUCCAGGCUCAGUGAUAGCGAGUCCUUCGCGGGAACAUCCAGACUAUUACUUCCAAUGGAUCCGCGACGCCGCCAUAACGAUCCAGACCCUAGUAGACACCUACGCCGACGACCCGGCAUCCGAACUGUCCUCCAAACUAGUACCUAUCCUCGACGCCUACGCCUCCCUCCAAUACCACCUCCAACGAAUCCCCAACCCCUCCGGCACCUUCGCCGACCUCUCGGGGCUAGGCGAGCCCAAAUUCCACGCCGACGGCUCCGCCUUCACAGGCUCUUGGGGAAGACCACAACGUGAUGGGCCGGCGCUUCGAGCCCUAACACUGAUGGCGUAUAUACGCGCCUACAACGCCAGCAACCCGGCGCUGUGGACCAGUAAGGGCGGCAGCGGAGCCUGGUUCCGCCCGUUCUAUGACGCCGCGAUGCCGCCGACCAGCAUUAUCAAGGCGGAUCUGGAGUACGUGAGCCACUUUUGGCGGGAACCGGGAUUUGACCUCUGGGAAGAGAUUCAGGGCCUCCACUUCUUCACUGCGAUGGUGCAGCUGCGCGCCUUGCGCGAAGGCGCUGAACUAGCCGCCGCGUUCGACGACCACGGCGCAGAGAAAUGGUACGCCGAACAAGCCACCCAGCUUGAGGCCAUGAUGCCGGAGUUUUGGGAUGCGCACAAGGGCCACCUCAUCGAAACGCUGCACAGCUCCCGCAGCGGGCUAGACUGCGGUCUCCUCCUCGGCUCCCUCCACGGCACCUCCCCUAUCACCAACACAUCGAACCUCUAUCCGCCGCACUCGGACGAGAUUCUCGUAUCGUUGCUCGCGCUCGUGCGGGACCAGCACGCGCGCUUCCCUAUCAACGCGGUGCCUACGCCGGAGGAAGGCGGCGCGGACGCACUCCGCGGUACGGGGCUGGGCCGCUACCCGGAAGACGUUUAUGAUGGGUACGGCACCACGGUGCCGAAUGGUGGGAACCCGUGGUUCUUGUGCACGACGGCGGCGGCGGAGGUGUUGUAUCGCGCGCGAACGCAUCUUGUUGAGACGGAGAGGCUUACGGUUACGGAGCGUGGUGCGCCGUUUUGGAGGGCAUUGCUUGCGGGAUCUACUUCAGCUUCUGUGGCCGCGGUGAAGUUGGAGCCGGGUAGGAUGUACACUUCUUCCGACCGCACUAGAGUCUAUGCGGCAGCGGUGACCCGGCUAGAACAAGUCGGCGACUCCUUCCUCGCAGUAGUGAAGAGGCACGCAGACGGCGUAGGCGCGCUAAGCGAGCAAUUCGACCGGCUCACUGGGUUUGAGCGCGGCGCGCGAGAUCUGACGUGGAGUUAUGGGGCGUUGUUGGGGGCGGUGAGGGCGAGAGGUUGA